AUGCCCUCCAUUCCGCCACCGCCGAUCCGCGACCUGGAGGGGUUGCUUGCGCCCGUCCUGCCCGCCGGCACGCGGGUGCUCGGCUACGAGGCGGAGUUUCUAACCGCACCCGGAGACAACUACGGCAGCACCAUGCUGGCCAUCGCCGUGCGCACGGCCCCGGAGGACGCUGAACGGAAGGAUCGUGAGCAAACAGACGUGGUCGGGGAAAAUGGCGAACAGGACGACGGGUUGCUCCAUCUGGUGGCGAAGAUGCGGCCGAGCAGUGAGGAGUUUCUUGAAAUUUUCCAAAUCGACACCACCUUCGUGAAGGAGGCGGCCGUCUAUCUGAAGAUCGUGCCGACGCUGCUGGCACUCCAGCGUGAGCAGGGCUUCGACGGCGAGGGCGAGCUGAUCGACGUGUUCUGCCGGUGCUACAACGCGCGGGUGUCGCUCGACCCGGCGGUGGAGAAGGUGGAUGAGGACGGUGUAAUGCUGUUCGAGAACCUGAAGCGAGCCGGCUACGUGACGGCGGACCGUCGCCAAGGUUUCGACCGGCAACUGGCCCGCUUCGUGCUACAGAAAUUGGCUCUCUUCCACGCCAUUCCGAUCGCACUGCGCUACCUAAAGCCGGAAUUGUUUGAGGCGGGCAUACACAAGUAUCUGGUGAAAAUCGACAUCGACGCGGGGCUGAGCGAGGCGACACUGCGCCAGAUGAUGGAUGUGUUCUGGCAGGAUAUUAUACGGACCGGUGUGGAACCGGAGCUAGUCGAACGAGCCCGGGCCAGGAUUGCCGAGUGCCACCAGCGGCAGGCAAAGCUUAUCUCGGACCAGCUGACCGUCUACUGCACGAUGCUACACAACGAUUUGUGGGUUAAUAAUAUGAUGAUCAAAUAUGAUUCUGCCACCGGUAAGCCGAACAGUCUGAAGUUUGUCGACUUCCAGCUCAUCCAGAUGGAUUCCCUCGUACGGGACGUCAUCUUCUUCGUCAUCACGAGCGUCAACGAUGCGGAACUGGAGUCGCAGCUGGAUGGCUACUUCGAACACUACUUUCAGCAUCUCGCCAGCAAUAUGAAACGCCUACAGUUUCCCAAGCUAGAGGAGUUUACGCUGGAGAGUUUCCGGGAGGAAAUCGACCGUGUGGCGCCGUACGAGCUGUACCACAUCGUGUCGAUGCUGCGGGUCGUGCUGGCUCGCAAGGAGUCGAUACCGGACCAGAGCGAGCAGGAUGCGGCCCUGUUCUUCAAUGACAAUCUGGUGGAGGAAGACUACUACCGGCGGCUGGAGGUGACACUUCGAAUCUACGAGCGCAGGGGUUGGAUAUAGGAGGGUUUAGGGAUGAGAUACCGCGGGGCACUGGGACAGCUCAAUUAAACGUAAACAUGGUCUCAAUAGAGGAUUUGAUGUAAAUAUUAUUAAGUAGCUGCGGUGCAAAUGGGAACGAAUGGCCCACAAUGUGCCCUAUUAUUCACGCGAGUCGUAAUCAUAGAGAUGUUGGAUGUGAAAUAUAAUCGAAGACGUUGUU